AUGAUCAACUUCAUCUCGAAGCUCGCUACCCGCGAUGAUAGCAAAUCCCAAGAUGGCCUUUCCACUCCCAUGGUCGACCUGAUGAUUACCCUACUGGCUCUGGUUCUGCUCGCUCUCGCUCUCGUCGGCGGUCUUCUCGUGAUCCGCCGCAAGCGUAACGCCAAGAAGGAAUCCCUGCUCCCCGUUCACAACGGCCAAGUUCCCACCUCCGGACGCCGGUUAACGAUCCAUGCUGGAAAGACCGACUCCAUUCUCGUCUUUGAUGAAAAACGGUCCCUGAUGGAUAACUCCCAGAGCCCGCCGCCCAGCCCCGUCCCGGAGAUCCGUAUCACCUUCCCCGAGGAGGAGGACGAGUCUGGCAAGCGCAAAUCCGGCCGUAUGGUCGUGGUACGCAUCAGCGAGGCCGGUAGUAUCGGCCUGGAGCCUUGCCAUGAAGAGCUCCCUCCAUACCAGACCACCGACACCGGUCGGUUCCACUCUCUGGAUAUCGAGCGCAUGGGCGGCUUGAAGGAGAAGGGAGAAGUGAAUCACUACUCCUAA